AUGGUACCACAUGCACCGAACAUAAUGUACAACCAAUGGAAGCGUCUUCGAGAAACAGAUCGUCACAAGGUACAACAUUCCACAGCCACUUGCAACGCUCCCUCUCUCCGUCGGGUAGAUUCUGCUCCUCCUCCAUCUCCACCUCAUCUACCACCACCACCGCCUUCGCCGCCCGAUCCGAUUCCAGACCCGACCCGAUUCUCACCCGCUCCACCAGCCCUACCCGCGUCACCCUUGGCAGAUCCGUUUCCCCUUCAUCGUCGAUUCGAUUCUCCGCCUACAGAAAGCCACCCGAUCGCCGCCGCCGCCGCGCACCACCACCACCACCAGAAGCAGAGCCACCGCUCGUUGAAGUCAGGACCGAAGAGGACGUGCAUGUGUUCCCCUACGACGCACCCAGGGUCCUUCCGGUGCAGCCUCCACAAGAGCAGCGCCGCCGCCGCCGGGUACAGCAAUCAUCCGUCGUCGUAUCGGUCGAGUCAUCAAUUGAAUAUGAGGCGAUCGGCGAUGACGAAUUCCUUGGUCCGAAUCGGAACGGUGGAGGGGGAUUUGGUGAGGAGAGCUCUGGCGGCGUUGAUUCGGCCGUCGUCACACAACUUGCGCCGCCGAUUCGAUUUCCAGCCGCGGCCGAGCCGGCUUUCUGUGAUGUCGAAAGCCGACGGCUUAUAGCGUCAAAACACACUUUUGCCCCUUUGUGUUCGUGUACAGAGUCGACUCGCUGAGUUGAUACACUGAGUUGGACUCGGGUGGUUUAGCCGAUUUUUGUGGCUGUGGAAAUCCCCUCAUUUAUGAGUUCUAUCGUAGUACAAGAACUCGAAUGAUUCUUCCCUUUCCUUUUUUUAUUUUUUUAUUUUCUUCUGUUACUAUAUGAUAUGAUGAUAAUACACUGUUGUGUUAAAUUUGGAAAUUAUUUGAAUUAAAUAUAAAUUUAAUUACAUAUCA